CAGUAUGCGAAACUCGCAGCACCCACUCACGGAUCUGCUGAAAAAGAACACGCCCUACAAAUGGGAACCGAAACACCAGGAAGCCAUGGAGCAGCUGAAGCAAGCACUUACGUCCGCACCAGUACUCAUCUUGCCAGAUCCCGAACGCGACUCCGUCAUCGAAGCUGAUGCCAGUGACCAGGCAGUGGGAGCAGUCUUGAUGCAAGACCAAGGAAAUGGACUGCAACCAAUCGCCUACCUUAGCAAGAAACUACACGGGGCAGAACUAAACUAUCCGAUACACGACAAAGAGGCCCUUGCCAUUGUCAUCGCUUUCAAAGCGUGGAGAUGUUAUCUUGAAGAACGAAGAACGACCGUCUACACCAACCACUGCAGCCUGAAAUAUUUGAAGACACAACCCAACCUUUCCAGGCGGCAGGUCCGGUGGAUCGAAUUUCUCGAGACACACUUCCACUACGACAUCGUGUACAAGCCCGACCACAAAAACAAAGCAGACGCCCUCAGCCGGCCUGCACACGUUGCCGCUAUUCAGAUCAAAGGGAUGAAUCCACUCCUCAAGGGACUCUUCACACACGGAGCAACAACAGAAGAAAGCGGGACUGCUACAGCCUCUUCCUGUCCCAUACAACCAUGGCAAGUGGUUAGCCUGGACUUCAUCACCGGGUUACCGACUACCACCAGCGGUCAUGACGCAAUCCUCAUCUUCAUCGACAAAUUCUCCCAAAAUGGGACACUUCAUCCCGACACACACGACGGCACGCACCGAGGAGACAGCACAACUCUUCGUUCGUUACAUCAUCUCACAGCAUGGCAUUCCAACCACACUCAUCUCCGACCGAGACCCCAAGUUCACCAGCAAGUUCUAGAAGGAACUAGUGUCUUUGCUCGGGACCAAACUCGCCAUGUCAUCCGCCUACCAUCCAAAGACAGACGGACAGACCUAGCGCCUCAACCAGAUUGUCGAGCAACUACUCCGAGCAGCCUGCAAGGACGAGAUCUCCAAAUGGGACUUGCACCUGCCCGUUCUAGAGUUUGCUUACAACAACACUACACAUGCCGCUACUGGACAGACGCCGUUCUUCCUCUGCUAUAGACGCCACCCAAUCACACCACAGAAA